AACGGUUGUUACUAAGGAGAGGAUAUUUUUUUCUUCUCGCAAGUGCGCUUGUCUCGUUCGCUUCUUCAUGUAGUUUGCGUUAACAGAACAAGUGAAAACUUUUCCCCCCUUGUUACUUUGAGAAUGAGUUCCACUGAAGUGAAUGAUGAGAAUUUUGGUGUCUGCCCUGGAGGGAAGAGCAACGCAAAUGCUGAUAUUUUUGCCUUGGAGCAGUCGACUGGGAGGCCCUCCAUACUGCGUCAGAUGGAGAACCUUCCUAGCAAGCCAGUGCCAAAGGGGAUGAAGGUUUGUUUUCAGACACCAAGAAGAGAUCCAGUGACUAAAAGAAUUUUAUCUCCUAAUAAAUCUGUCAAGAUGACAAGUGUGGAUGACUUUACAAAAGUAGUGGAGUCUGUUACUCCAGAUAAAGGAAAUUUUCUGGCUCAAGCUGUCUCUGACCGGUCUGACGGCCAGAACAUGGAUGGGUCUUAUCCUGAUGAUGACAUGCCCAUACAAAGCACAGGUGGCUAUCAGUUGGAUUUUGACAACCUUGAUGCCAUUAAUCCAUUUCAAGGAUCUAAUAAGAUGGGGUUCUCUCCAAUGAAGCCAGCUGCUAAAGAAACUCUGACAAAUCAGAAUGACAUCAAACAAAAAGAACCAGAGAAUACACUGGAGGAACCUUCCAAAUCGGUACUAGAUGACACACUUCCAAUUACCCCAUCUGUGGACAACUCGCUAGCUGAUGUUGCUUCUGACACGGGGUCCACAGACAGCAGUCUGGUGACUGUUGUGAGAGUCCCAGCUGUUGAGGAACAAGAGUCAUAUCCUGCCACACCUGAUGAACAGCCAGCCAACAUGUGCUCAAGUGCUGAGGAAGACAAAGCAUCAGCCAGUUUUGUGGAAGAUGCCCCACUGUCUAGUGCAGGGUCUUACAACUUGGAUUUUGACAGUCUUGAUUCAGUCAAUCCUUUCCAAAGCGGUGGCUCAAAAAUUCCAAAUUCCCCUCUUUGUGGCAGUAAAGUGCUAGAUAGUGUACCUGCUGAGGUACCUGUUGUAAAGGAAACUGAACUUGCGAAAAAUGUUAACGUGCUGCUUCCUGAGGCUGAUGUGAAACCUGUAGCUGCAGUAGCCCCUCUUCUCAGUUCCAGCCUUUCUUCUGCUGAAUCCGAACUCCAGUCGUCUGCUCCCUCAAUCAAGGAAGGUCCAGUUAAACUUGAGUUCAAUUUCAGCGAUGACACUGAUGUUAAAAAGAAACCCAGGCCUCCAGAACUUGGCCAAAGGGCAACUGCUCCAAAAUCUAAAGAUGCAAAACAAAUGUCAGAUUUAAAGCAGCCAAAAGAAACCGUAGAGAGGCCUGCUGAUGGCGAUGAUGUUCCUGUUCCCAAAGGUUCCUACUCAUUUGACUUUACAAAGUUUGAUGACCCAGAUUUCAACCCUUUUGGCACAAAAUCAAGCAUGGAAAACUCACCAAAGUGCAGCAUGAAAGCCAGUCAGGAAGGAAGUAAGCCUCUGGUCAGAGAAAUGGGAAAUUCAGAGGAACUUGACAAGCUUGUAGAGAAGAAAGAUGGAUUACCAACAUGCCCCGGUACUGCAGAGUGUGUUUCAACACCUGAAUCCAACUCUGGAAUGACCAGCCAAGAGGAGAUCCAUCCAGAAAUUGAACCUGUGAAGAGUGUUCAUGCAGUCAGUGAAUUGGUUCCACCCCAGCAGAAGCCAAUAAGUGACUUUUCAGAUAUUAAUGACGAGUUUGUUCCCGGAACUACAUUCAUGUCCAGUGACUUUGAUGGACAGAUUGACUACCUUGAGCAGUUUGGUUCCAGCAGUUUCAAGGAGUCGGCAUUGAGGAAACAAUCACUGUACCUUAAGUUUGAUCCCCUCCUGAAAGAGAGCCCUAAGAAGUCUGCAGGUGUUUCUGCUCAGAACCAAGUCCCUCGUCCUGCUGCCUUUGUUUCAUGUUAUGAAGCUCCACAGGUGGUGGAGAGGAACGAGACAAACCCGUCGCAAAAUGAAUUCCAGCUCUUGGAUGAUACCGCAGUGGCAACUCAUCCAGCUUUUGAAAACCCCAUCCCUCCAUUCGCCCAGCCGGCAAAUGCGGACAACGCCAUUAUUGAAGUGCUGCAGUACAGUCAGAAAGACAUGGAUGCUGCCAUGGCUAAGGCCCAGGCAGAGGUGAAUGAAAAAGAAGUACAGUGGAAUGCAAAGUACAACAAGCUACUUGAAGAUGGUGAAGAAAUGAGAAAAAUAAUAUCAGAAAUGGAGCUCACAAUUGGCAAAAUAAUGGCUGAUAAAGAGAAGGAACAGGAAGCGGCCCAGGCAAAGCUCAACGAGGUUUUGAUGGAGAAGGAGCAAGUUUGUAGAGACCUGAAUGGUAUAGAAAAAUCUUUCUCUGGGCUUUUCAAGAGACUGGAAAAGUACAAGGAAGUGGUUGAGGGUUACAAAAAGAAUGAAGAGACUCUGAACUUUGCUCAGGACAGUCUGACACGGGUCAAAAAGGAGGAGCAGCGCUACCAGGCUCUCAAAGCCCACGCAGAGGAAAAAAUUAAGCAUGCAAAUGAAGAAAUUGCAGAGGUACGAGCCAAGUUCAAGGCUGAGAUAGUAGCACUUCAAGCCCAACUGCGCCGAGAGCAAGUGAAGGUGCAAUCACUCGAAAAGAGCCUGGACCAGAAAGUGAAAGAAGCUGAGGAGCUCACUAAACUAUGUGAUGAAUUGAUCACUAAAGUCCAGAUGGGCUGAACUCAAUUUUUCCUCUGUCUGGAUCAUUUUCUCUGUAGUUUGUCAUUGGUGUAAGUUUUAAAUGUUAUAAUAAAGUUAAGAGCCUUUACCAUUAGAGAAUUGCUUUAGCCUAUGCAUUGCUGUUGAAGCCACUAGAGGGUGAUGUUUGUAUGUUUAACAGUCUAGAGUUUUGUAUUUAAGGCUUUAGUUCUAGAAGUAACUGAAUUUUGAUGUCUGUAUUGUGAUCUGCAUAUAUGUUAAAUACAGUUUGACUCAAUCAACCCU